UGCUUUCCGCACAAAGAAGAAGAAGUAAUGUGACAGUCCACCACCGACCUGUCUGUCUCUCUGCAGCAGCAGGGUGUUAUUCAUUCGUUACGAGCUGGUAGCAGAUUGCUCCUUUCAGCUCCUUUCAGCUCCUUUCAGCUCCUUUCAGCUCAAAUAUCAUCCUUUAUUUACACCAGCCAAAUGAGCAGCUGAUCCUCUCUCAGGCAGACAUGGCAGACGAUGAAAUAGACUACAACAUCGUGUUUCCAGAUGCGGGCACAUCAGAGAGACACUGGCAGCGGACAAAGGAGCCGGUUGUGAUUCUGCUGGGAUGGGCUGGCUGCAAAGACAAACACCUCUCCAAAUACAGCUCCAUCUACAAUGAACAGGGCUGCGUCACCGUCCGCUACACAGCUCCCUUGAAGACGGUCUUCAUCUCCGAGUCGUUUGGCUACAAGGAGCUGAGCAGCACGGCCCUGAAGCUGCUGGAGAUCCUGUAUGACUAUGAGGUGGAGAACAGUCCUAUUUUCUUUCACAUCUUCAGUAAUGGGGGCUUCAUGCUGUACCGUUACAUUAUAGAGUUGUUGAACAGUGAUAAACAGUUCAGUUCCUUGUGUGUGAUCGGGGCCUUAGUGGACAGCGCCCCAGGCAGUGCGAACGUCCGGGGGGCCCUGCGUGCGCUGACGGCCACCCUGGGGCCCAAAAUAACUCCAGUUUUAAGGUACGUCCUCUUAGCCCUUUUCGCAGUGACUGUUUUCCUGUUGCGCGUCGUGCUCUACCCCUUGACCAAGUUCAUCCACAAGAACCACUACGACGCGGUGAAGGAGAGGCCGCCCACCUGGCCGCAUUUCUACCUGUACUCCAGAGCCGACCAGGUCAUCAGGCACCGGGACAUCACGCUGUUUGUGGACACCCUGAAGCAGAAAGGCGUCCCGGUGGACAGUUUUGAUUUUGUUUCCAGUCCCCACGUCGGUCAUUUCCGUGAUUUUCCUGAGCAGUAUGCCGUCAAGUGCCGCGAUUUCCUGGUCGCAUGCAUGAAGGACCUGGAAGGGACUGAGACAAAGAAGAGACAGACGGUUCAGAGUCAAUGAAACUCGGGAGAGAAGAUUUUUCUGACCCUCUUGUUAAGUAGUCUUGUGAAGAAAAUCAGACAAAAUCGGUUAGAAAAUGAGGCCGAACAUUUGUGCAAGACGGCGUGAAUUUGAGCUGAAGAUCUUGGGGAUGUUUUCCCGUCCCAGUGCACAUAAUGGGAAGGUUCCACAGACGUGGUCUAGGUGUUAAUCCAUGUCUGGAAAACCAACCGUGCAAUUCACAGAAGGCCUAACCCUGCCUACUCCAAUGUUUUUGCAACAGUCAUAUACCAUAUGUAAAAAAUAAGAAUACAAACAAUUGCUAUACACUGGAAAAUAAAUCCUUUAGGAUCAUUUAAAUGGUAUUUAAUGUUGUUGUAAAAUGUGAUGCAUUGUACUCUAGUAGUAGUGAUUCUAAAAGUGAGGCCGGGCAUAAUGGGAUAAUAAUAAUUUGUAUCGUCUAUUUAUAAAAUGUACAAUCUAUUUAAGGUUUUAAUCUUACAAUGAAGACAACAUUAAAAUAAUACUUUUUCUUUAUAAUUAAUAAUAAAAAAAGUCUAUAAAUUGUUGCCUUAAACUGAAAAUGCCUUUUGAUUGUUUUUGGUCGUGGAAUUGUAGAAUACCCAGCCCUAAUAUGUGAUACCCAAUUGAUUUAGUUCUAGGAAACGGUGAUUGACAAUGAAUGUAUAUGUCCAGCACAGCUAUUGUGUUCUUUCUAACUGAUGUGCCUUCAAUAAAUUAGAAUGCUCAUUGCAAA